AUGGCGCUGUCGAUGGAAACGCAGCUGCAAAGCAUCUUUGAAGACGUGGUGAAAACUGAGAUGAUAGAAGAGGCAUUUGCUGGGAUGUUCAUGGACACUCCUGAGAAUGAGAGGACCAAGCUGACGAGCUGUUUGGGAGCUUUCAGGCAGUACUGGGGAACACUGCCUCAGGAGUCUCAUGAACAGUGCGUACAGUGGAUCGUGCGUUUUAUCCACAGCCAACACAGUCCCAAGAGAAUCUCCUUCCUCUACGACUGCCUCGCCAUGGCUGUGGAGACGAAUCUGUUACAGCCCAGGAUGGUGUGUGUAGCACUGACAAGCUCUGACAGUUUGGAGUGGGAGAGGACUCAGCUAUGGGCGCUAACCUUCAGACUAAUCCGAAAGAUCAUCAGUGGAGUAGACUACAAGGGGGUUAGAGAUCUGUUGAAAGCUGUGCUGGAGAAAAUUCAGACCAUUCCGACCAUAAUCAGUUCAGCUAUCGUCAAACAGCUGCUGGCAGCCAGAGAGAUGGUGGAGUACAUCCUGGACAGAAACACCUGCCUCCUACCAGCCUACUUUGCAAUCACAGAAAUCAGAAAACUGUAUCCUGAGGGUCAGCUCUCACACUGGCUCCUUGGAAGUUUGUUGUCAGAUUUUGUUGACAGUUUCAGACCCACAGCCAGAAUUAACUCAAUCUGCGGUCGCUGCAGCUUGUUGCCUGUGGUUAACAGUAGCGGCGCCAUCUGUAACUCCUGGAAAUUAGAUCCUACGACCCUCCGCUUCCCACUGCGCGGCAUGCUGCCAUUUGACAAGGACCUGUUUGAGCCACAGACAGGUUUGUUGCGCUAUGUGCUGGAACAGCCAUAUUCCAGAGAGAUGGUGUGCAACAUGUUAGGACUCAGCAAACAGACUCUGAACAUUGCCCAGCAAAAGCAGCGUUGUCCGGUGCUGGAGGAGCAGCUGGUGGACCUGGUGGUGUAUGCCAUGGAGCGCUCCGAAACUGAGGAACACUUUGACGCCGACAUCGGAGGGACGAGCCAACUGCUGUGGCAGCAUCUCUCCUCCCAGCUCAUCUUCUUUGUCUUAUUUCAGUUUGCAAGCUUUCCACACAUGGUGCUGUCGCUGCACCAAAAGCUUGCAGGCAGAGGUCUGAUUAAAGGCAGAGACCACCUGAUGUGGGUCCUGCUGCAGUUUAUAUCAGGAAGCAUUCAGAAGAACGCCUUAGGUGACUUUCUUCCCGUCAUGAAGCUCUUUGACCUGCUCUACCCAGAAAAGGAGUGCAUUCCAGUUCCUGACAUUAAUAAGCCCCAGUCCACUCAUUCGUUUGCCAUGACCUGCAUCUGGAUCCACCUGAACCGCAAAGCCCAGAACGACAAUUCCAAACUCCAGAUUCCCAUACCUCACUCUCUGAAACUGCACCACGAGUUUCUGCAGCAGUCGUUGUGUAACAAAACUCUGGGAAUGUCGGACUACAAGAUCGCACUGCUGUGUAACGCCUACAGCACCAACUCCAAGUGCUUCACUCUGCCGAUGGGUGUCCUUGUGGAGACGAUAUAUGGGAAUGGAUCCAUGGGGAUCAACCUGCCCGGCACCAACUGCAUGGCGUCAGGAUCUGUCAUGCCGUUACCCAUGAACCUGCUGGAUUCACUCACCGUACAUGCAAAGAUGAGUCUGAUCCACAGCAUUGCCACCCGGGUGAUAAAGCUGGCACAGGACAAGUCCAGCCUUGCUCUGGCGCCUGCACUGGUGGAGACUUACAGCAGGCUGCUGGUCUACAUGGAGAUCGAGUCUCUGGGCAUCAAGGGAUUCAUCAGUCAGUUGCUGCCAAAUGUGUUCAAGUCCCACGCGUGGGGAAUCCUGCACACUCUGCUGGAGAUGUUCAGCUACAGGAUGCACCACAUCCAGCCACACUACCGAGUCCAGCUCCUGAGUCACCUCCACAGUCUGGCUGCUGUACCCCAGACCAACCAGAACCAGCUGCAUCUGUGUGUUGAGAGCACAGCUCUGCGCUUGAUCACGGCGCUGGGGAGCUCCGAGGUGCAGCCGCAGUUCACCCGCUUCCUCAACGACCCAAAGACAGUUUUGUCUGCAGAGUCCGAAGAGCUGAACCGAGCCCUGAUCCUCACCCUGGCCAGAGCUACCCACGUCACCGAUUUUUUCACAGGUUCAGACACCAUUCACGGGACUUGGUGUAAAGACAUUCUUCAGACCAUCAUGACCUUCACGCCUCAUAACUGGGCCUCUCACACGCUGUCCUGCUUCCCCGCCCCGCUGCAGGCGUUCUUCAAGCAGAACAACGUUCCUCAGGAGUCACGUUUCAACCUGAAGAAGAACGUAGAAGAGGAGUACAGGAAGUGGAAGUCCAUGGCUAAUGAGAAUGACAUUAUUACCCAUUUCUCCAUGCAGGGCUCGCCCCCGCUCUUCCUCUGCUUACUGUGGAAGAUGCUGCUGGAGACGGAUCACAUAAACCAGAUCGGCUUCAGAGUUUUGGAGGGGAUUGGAGCUCGUGCACUGGUGGCUCACGUGCGCACCUUUGCAGACUUCCUUGUAUAUGAAUUCUCAACAUCAGCUGGUGGACAGCAGCUCAACAAAUGUAUCGAAAUACUCAACGACAUGGUGUGGAAGUACAACAUUGUCACCCUGGAUCGCCUCAUUCUGUGCUUGGCGAUGCGGAGCCACGACGGCAACGAGGCACAGGUUUGCUACUUCAUAAUCCAGCUGCUGCUGCUCAAGCCCAGUGACUUCAGGAACCGGAUCAGCGAUUUUGUCAAGGAGAACGCGCCCGAGCACUGGCUGCAGAGUGACUGGCACAACAAGCACAUGAGCUACCACAAGAAAUACCCAGAGAAGCUGUACUUUGAGGGUCUUGCAGACCAAGUCAACCCGCCCAUGCAGCUGCAGCCUCAAUACCUGCCCAUCUACUUUGGAAACGUCUGUCUGCGCUUUUUGCCUGUUUUUGACAUCGUCAUCCACCGCUUCCUGGAGCUGCUGCCUGUCUCCAAAUCUCUGGAAACGCUGCUCGACCAUCUGGGAGCGCUGUACAAGUUCCACGAUCGUCCAGUGACCUACCUGUACAACACACUGCACUACUACGAACGACACCUAAGAGACAGAACCAACCUGAAGAGGAAGCUGGUGCACACCAUCAUGCCGUCACUGAAGGAAAACCGAACCCCGGGUUGGUGCCUGAGCGAGACGUACCUGAAGUGCGGCAUGAACGCCAGAGAGGACAACGCCUGGAUCCCUGAUGACACGUAUUACUGCAAGCUGAUUGGACGCCUGGUGGACACCAUGGCGGGAAAGUCGCCCGGUCCUUUCCCUAACUGUGACUGGAGGUUCAACGAGUUCCCCAACCCCGCGGCACACGCGCUGCACGUCACCUGUGUGGAGCUGAUGGCUUUGGCUGUGCCCGGAAAAGAUGUUGGCAACGCUCUGCUCAAUGUCGUCUUAAAGAGCCAGCCUCUGGUUCCCCGAGAAAACAUCACCGCCUGGAUGAACGCCAUCGGACUUGUGAUCACCGCGCUGCCUGAACCCUACUGGAUUGUCCUCCACGACCGCAUCGUGUCUGUGAUCGGUUCUCCGGCGCUGACGACAGAGACGCAGUGGGCGGGUUAUCCCUUCGCCUUGCUGGACUUCACAGCGUGCCAUCAGAGCUACAGUGAAAUGAACUGUAGCUAUGUGCUAGCCUUAGCGCAUGCCGUGUGGCAUCACUCGUCCAUUGGACAGCUGUCACUCAUACCGAAAUUCCUGUCGGAGACGCUGAAGCCCGUCGUUCAGACGGAGUUCCAGCUGCUCUACGUUUAUCACCUGGUGGGGCCGUUUCUGCAGCGCUUCCAGCAGGAGAGAACGCGGUGCAUGCUAGAGAUUGGCGUGGCCUUCUAUGAGAUGCUUCAGGCGGUGGACCAACACAGUCAACACCUGAGCUACAUGGACCCGAUCUGUGACUUCCUCUAUCACAUCAAGUACAUGUACACGGGCGACAGCGUGAAGGAUCAGGUGGAGAAAAUCAUUAUGACUUUACGUCCUGCCAUGAAGCUCCGUUUGCGUUUCAUCACACACAGCAGUAAGACAGAGACCUCCUCCGCACAGCCUCCCUCAUCAUCCCUCUCCUCCUCAGCCGCCACCUCUUCCCCCUCCUCCUCACAGCACACGCACGCUCCGAUGUAGGUGGGCUCCGUAAACACAGACAAUCAUGUGACCCGGCUCGCCCAGCAGACUUUGUAACUGUAGUAGAUUUCAGUCCCGGUCAUGUUUGGAAGUGUGGCGACGUCGUGACAUGUGGCGCUAAUCAUCAUGCACAAAGAGCUAACGGGGCAACUGCAAUUCCUUCUCUUUUUCUUUUAAAGUAAAUCAUGACUUGUGUGGCAAAUUCUUUUCUACCAAAGCUAAACCAUGUCCACAAAAACAAAAACAAAAGAAUGCCCACCACAAUCUCAGCUGUGACAAAUUUAUCAAGAACUGAAGGAACCAUUGAACAGUGAGCGUUUACUGCCGUCACAGUAUUCAUGUUGCAAUUUUUAGCAAUUUAUACUCUACAUUUUUUUUAUUUCAAUAAAAAUAUUCUUCACUCGGC